AUGACGGUACUCUACGGGCACGACGAGCCGACGCAAUGCCCCGUGAUAUCGGAUGAGCGGAUGAGAGAGAUUUUGAGGGACGAGUACGGUAUUACGGCAGCCAAAAUUACGCAUUUAACCGGCUAUGAGGACUGUAAUAUGCGGCUGGACGACAUCGAAUAUGACACAAAAAUGACGCGGUUUAUGAAGGUAAAGCCCGAAAAAGCCAUUGUGAAAGUGACAAACCCGAUUGAGGCGAGGAAUGAGGCACAUAUGGAACUUCAACACCAAUGCUACACAGCACUCCGGAAAGCUGGAAUUCCUACAGUAUCCCUGGUUCCAAGACUUGACGGCUUGGAUUGGGCUUCAUUCGAGGUCCUGCCGGGGAUGAGCCUACCCGUCCGACUUUUCCAGUUAUUGCCCGGAAGUAAUCUAGAGAAUUUCCAAUUUACGCCAGAAUUAUGUCGAAAAAUCGGUGCUCUGCUGGCGGGGAUUCACAAAGUUUUUGACUCGAUGCAUGUUGAAAAAUCACAGGAGCCGCAUGUGCCAUUCAUCUCCCCGGAAAAUCAUCAUUGCUUAGCCAGGGAAGCUCAGAUCCUGGUCUACAAAAAGAUGCUAUCCGACGAGCGUUUCCAGCUCGUUCAGCGAAUUUUUAAAGAUGUCCAAGAAACAGUGCUUGAUCAGCCGCAGCUGGAUUACGGGCUGAUACAUUCCGACAUUAAUGAGACGAACAUUUUGGUGGACGAGGUUGAUGGCGAGACAAAGCUCACCGGCGUGCUCGAUUUUGGUGAUAUGCACUUUUCGCAUCGCGUCUUCGACAUCGGGGCCUCGAUUUUGUACCUGCACUUGUCAGACAAGGACCAAAUACCACUUGAACAUCUGGAAGAAGACAUCCUCGCCGGCUACCGUAGUGUUCGCGAUUUCAAGGAACAGGCGAAGAUCCCAGCUGCAAUGCGGGCUCGGCUAGCCGGUUCGCUAAUUUAUGGCUUGAGGACGGCGAGGUUAAACGUAAGGGGCGGAUCCCUUGAAUACGUUCUGCGCACCCAGUCGAACGGGUGGAAGGUCCUGGAGGAGCUUUCGAAGGACCUUCCCAACGGCGACCCAUCACCC